AUGUUGUUGAUCCAUCCAUCCAGCUCUUGCGAUGUCUGCUACGAACAAUUUUUCGUUGACGGGACAGACUCGGCGCCUCAUUCGCUUCCGUGUGGACAUGUAUUCUGCAGAGCGUGCUUGAUGUCUAUACCAACACAUGCACGGAUAUGUCCAUUUUGUCGACAGUCGUUCCAACUGAGUGGCGUCCGAAGAUUGCAUUUAGCGCCCGUAGAAGAGACUGAUAAGGACAGGGAGGCAGCUCUUCUGGAGAGAUUUUUACUGGCAGUCGACUCGGAAGAUCCAAGCGAGCUAGAGAGCAUUGUAGCUGAGGUUGAUGCGUGGUUUGAGCAAGGCAAGGUUGUGUCAUUUGCUCUUCGUGGUUAG